AUGUGGAAUUUUAUGAUGUUUCAAGGUGAUUCCUUGCGAUUCCCCUUGUUGGCUCACCAAGUGUUUCGUUAUCUUGCGAGUCAUCGGAUUCCGAGAUUAUCUUCGCAGAAAUUGUCGGAAAAGACUCAGACAACCAUUGCUGAUGCAAAUCAGAUUGCUGAAGAGGUUUUGUCCACUAUGCGAAUAGUGAGAUCGUCUGCUUGUGAGCGACGAGAGGCGGAUCGAUUUGAAAAUAAGCUUGGGGACAUGUUGAGAAUGAACAGGGCCAUCGCUUAUAUGGGUUAUUCAAAGAAUACAGAGUUUUGCGACAAUGCCAUUUUGGUAGCCGUACUGUUCUACGGAGGACAUCCAGUCAUGUCAAGCAAAUAA